GGUGAGCUGAAGCCCAGGCGGGACGCGGCUUCUGGCCGGGCUGACGGCGGCUCUGGCCGGGCUGACGGCGGCUCUGGCCGGGCUGGCCGCAGCUUCUCUCACUUUUCUCGGUGUUUCCCCGUAAAUCCGCCACUAGUUUGACUCUUUUAACCAAACACUGAAUAUCCGGAGCCUCAGGAGACAGUUGGCGCUGAACAGGACGGUCCCAGAGAUGAGCCUCCUGCGGUUGCCGUGGCGAAGGCGUUUCCAUCAUGGCCGCCUCCUGCUCCUGUCCUCCCGGCGGUCCAGGCGGUUCGGCUCGGACGGUUGGAUCAGCCGCAGCCUCCAGGAGAGCUACAAGGUGCUGCAGCUGCCCGCCGAGGGCCGCAGCAGCCCCGCGGAGGUGAGGGCCGCUUACCUGCGCCUCGCCAAGCUCUACCACCCGGACAGCGGCGAGCCCACCGCCGACGCCGGGCUGUUCGCUCGGAUCGAGGAGGCGUACCGGGCCGUCCUGGCCCAUCAGAGUAAGACCCGACGGCCGGACGGAGCGACGGAGGACGACGACGAGGACAAAACCCGAGGAGCCGCUCUGCAGCACCGACACUACCUGAGCUACGAGGGCGUGGGCUCAGGAACCCCCAGCCAGCGGGAGCGGCAGUACCGGCAGGUCCGUGUGGACCGGGCCGCCGAGCAGGUCCUCAGCUACCGCCAGAGGGAGCACGAGCGCGCGGCGGCGGCGGACGGGGCGCUGGCGGAGCGGGACGCCCGUCAGCGCAGCCGCAAGAUCAAGAUCACGCAGGCGGUGGAGCGGCUGGUGGAGGACCUGAUCCAGGAGUCCAUGGCCCGCGGAGACUUCCGGAACCUGAGCGGCGCCGGGAAGCCGCUCAACAAGUUCCAGCACAACCCCUACGCUGACCCCAUGACCCACAACCUCAACCGCAUCCUCAUCGACAACGGCUACCAGCCGCCCUGGGUGGUGACGCAGCGCGACAUCCGCGAGGGCGCCGCCCGGGUCCGGAGCCGACUGCUGGAGGGCCGGGCGCGGCUCGGCGACCCCGUGACCCCGGCCGAGCAGCGCCACUGGGAGCGGCUCUGUGGCGACGUGGAGGAGGAGCUGGCGAAGCUCAACAAGAUGGUGGACGACUACAACCUGAUGGUCCCCAUGCUGGGCAUGCAGAUGGUCCACUUCAGCCUGACCCGGGAGGUGGCGCGGGCCCAAAGGCUUGCCGAGCAACAGAGGGCGGAGCUUCUGCAGGUCCGGCAGGAAGAGAGGGAACGGCGGAAGGAGGAGAAGAAGAGAGCUAACUCUGCAGGCAGGACUCCAGCUCAGAGGCGAGGGCUGCUGGCCUGGAUGCAGAGUCUGCUUGGAUACUAAACCCGCAUAGCAACGGGCAAAAGUCUCCAACCAGCCGCCGCUUUAUUCACCUUUAAAAACUAAAACGAGAGAGAAACAAAAAAUCAUUUUACCAUCAACCAGGAUGUUUGUAUUGUUCCUGUAUGGAAAACUCUUACUGAGUUAAUGUGAUGAUCAUUAAUGUGAUGAUCAUUAAUGUGAUGAUCAUUAAUGUGAUGAUCAUUGAUGUGAUGAUCAUUAAUGUGAUGAUCAUUGAUGUGAUGAUCAUUAAUGUGAUGAUCAUUAAUGUGAUGAUCAUUAAUGUGAUGAUUAUUCA